AUGUGUGAGCGUCACCCCCAGCUGGCCGACGAGGUGGCGCACACUUCUCCUCGCCCAAGCGUCUCCUCCACCCUCCAGGUCCUUCGGAACUACCAGGCCGUCCUUCAAUCAUCUUUCCCUCUUGGUGGCAACACUGAGUCCGACUACGCCUACAACAGAGUCCGCCAGCCACUCACAAACCUCCUCGAAGCUCUAAGCGACUUUACACCCAACUUCCUUCCUCCCAACGAAACACAGCCGUCCGUUUCCCUCAGCUAUUUGGACGGGGCCACGGAUAUCAUCCACGCCCUGCCCCGCUGGAGCACACCACAGAACAACAUCGAACGAGACUCGGCCUACGAUGAGAUCUGCAAGGCCUGGAUCCUGGUGAUCCGAGAAGCAGGAAAGCGUGGCGGUGGCAUCCAGCUGCAGUACGGAGGAUGGGAUCAGAAGCUCGCCAAACACAACCACACAUCAGGAGGCAAGCUUCAGGCCGCCAUCAACGAACUCGGCUCGAGCCUGGGGUGGAUGAAUGGACCGCAAGAUUCCCAAUCUCACAGCCCCGGCGGCAGUGAACUUGGCUCUAUACGAGACCAGUUAUUCUCCGGUACUUAUGGUCUUGGAACCCCCGUCAAAGUCGGUCCCUGGUGA